AUGCCCAGCUUAACCCUGCCCGAGUGUGGACACUAUGUCCCGCCUCCGGCAACAAAGGAGGACUUAGAAUUCGCGGAUCUGGCUAUCAUCGACCUCUCCAAGGCCCACACACCGGAAGGACGAACAGAGCUCUAUCCACAACUUCGAGAUGCGCUGCGCACCCACGGCUUUGUUUAUGCUAUCAAUCAUGGCUAUAACCAGACUCAGCGUGACAGGAUCUUUGAUAUAGCUGCUGUCCCUUUCGAUGUUGUCCCUCCGGAUGAAAUGAAGACAUACACAGCGAACAUCGAGAAAGUCGGGUACUAUGCAGGCUUUAAAGGACGUCAAUACUGGAAAGUUGACACGGAGAAUCACAUUCUGGAUCAGAUCGAGCACUAUGGAAUUAACAAGGAUGUCACGAAGCGUCCGCACCCUCAAGCCUUACGUCCGUUCAUUCCAGAAGUCGAUGCCUUCAUCCGACACAAUCACUUCAACAUUGUCCACCCAAUUCUUCGCUUAAUCGCGUUAAGCCUCGACUACAGGCGCUCGAAGGAGGAAGAGGAGAAAUCCAAGAAUGUGUGGUUAAAGGGACACACAGACGUUGGCAGUGUCACCAUCCUGUGGAGCCAACCUGUCGGAGGCCUGCAAAUUCAGUCUCCCGACGGCAGAUGGAAAUGGGUCCGCCACAUCGACAAUGCUUUGGUCAUCAACACAGGCGACAUGAUGGAAUUUUUCAGCGGUGGAUACUAUAAACCCACGAUUCAUCGCGUCGUCCAGCCUCCCGAGGAUCAGCGCAAUUACGACCGUCUGGGUGUAUUCUACUUUUCGAUGCCAGACGACAAUGUUCACUUGCUGCCGUGUGUGGAGAGCCCAGUGCUCCAGCAAGUCGGCAUCCAGCGCCGGUGCCCUGAUGAGGAUGCCCCGCUGUGUGUGACGUGGAGGAAGGGAAGGACGACGACAUAUGGUAGGACUGACCUCAAGAAGGGAAUGGAACACAAUGUUGAAGAAGAGGUCAUUGAGGGUAUUGUGGUCAAACACUACAACUGA